GUUGAAUCUCAUGCAUGGCAAUUGUCUUCCAAGAUGGAAAUCUUUAUACAUCAGUUAGAUAAAUACGGAAAUCUGGUUUCUGGACUGUAUCCUUUUGAUUCUGAAGUUGUUGAAACUGACACAAACUUGUCGAUACCGAUAUCAGAUCUCCAUUUUCAAGAAGUGGACGCUGGAAUUCAGUUGUUUUCGUUUAGCAAUUUUGAGCCAGGGAACUUCCUAUUGACAAUAUAUGAUUCCAAGCAUAAUAAAAGCAUUUCCAACAUGCCAUAUGUUUAUACUGUUUUUAUAGGUUACUGUGAUGGGGUUAAAAGUGUUGUUAAUGGAUCAGGUUUAAAUGAUUCAGUAGCUGGUGUAAAGGAAGAAUUCUAUGUGUAUUUGAAUGACAUCUAACAAUAUCCUUCCCCUGUCCAAGCAAACAUACUUCAAGUACAAAUUUCAAUAGAAAAUGACUCGUACAGAGUUAUGCCAGUCAUAUAUCCUGUGCAUGACAAUAAUGGGAGCAGAAUAGCUUCAGGAUUGAGAUAUGAUGGUAUCGGUCACAUGGAAACUGUGCCAUCAUCUUCAAUAGUGUUGAGAAACAAUUCUAAUGGGAGUGGGAGCUUUAUCAUGGCAAGUGAUUUUCGUGUGGAUUACAUACCAGAAAAAAGUGGAUUUUAUGAUAUUAAUGUAUAUUGUGGAAACAUAUUAUUGAAUGAGGGACAUUCUUUCCGAAAAGAGGUAAAAGCAGGUGAAGUAAAUGUUUCCUUGUCAAGUGUCAUGAGGUUUUCUCCAAAGGUGCCAAAGCUGUCCAAAAAUGAAAUAGUUGUCCAGCUUGUGGAUUCUUAUUUAAACCCUGUCCUCUCCCAGCAAUCAAGGUUGAAAUUGGAGAUUGCUUCUGUCAAUAGUUCUGGCUUUUCAACUUUGGACAUUACAGACAAUAAGGAUGGAUCAUACAGCUGCAGUUACAUGGCCAAAGAUGUUGGCACUUACGAGAUUUGUGCUUCCUUUGAUGGCAAAAGUUUCUUAUCAUGUCCCUUCAGUAUCAAUGUGUACAGCAGUGACUAUUUUCCAAAAGCCAACAAUGAUACAAUAUCUAUUUGGGAGGACCAAUCCGUUGCCUUUGAUGUCUUAGCAAAUGAUUAUUUUGCUGGUGAUAAUGCAAGUAUAGUUGAAUUCUCAAAAUCAGAUCACGGUUCACUUAUACAGAAUGGAAGGAUCUUUCGGUACACUCCUUAUAAAGGGUAUUAUGGAAAUGAUUCCUUUUGGUAUACAAUUUCUGAUAUAAAUGGAAAUCUUGCUUCUGCUUCCGUGUGCAUAUUUGUUCUCAAUGUUCCACCUCAGUUUGUUUCUGCUCCAAAUCAACUGCAAGCAACAGAAGAUUCAAUAAGUCCUAGAUUUGGUGGUUUCACCGGGUUUGAGAUAACUUAUUCAAAUCCUAUGGAAAAUAUUUCUGUCAAUCUUAGUGCUCAAUCUGGAAUUGUACUUCUGUCUCCUAUGGCUAUGCAAUUUGGGCAAGUAAUGUGGAGUGAACUUACAGUUGACACAGGAAAUGAAACUGCAACCAGUUUAAUAAUAGAAGGCUCUGUGGAAGUUAUUAAUGUUGCGCUUCAGUCAAUUCAGUAUCUGGGAAAUGAAAAUUUUUAUGGAGGAGAUACCAUUCAAGUCUCAACCAGGAAUAAGAACGGAGUAAAUUCACUUGGUGUUCCAAUUUUUGUUGAUCCUAUCAAUGACCCUCCAUUUAUUAGAGCCCCCUACUUCAUCAUAUUGAGGAGUAAUGAAGAUGAGACCCUUAUCUUUGACCAAGAGAAAGAUAAGUUUGACUUUUUCAUUGGAGAUCCCGAUCUUCUUACCUUCCCUGGUGGUCAGGCUCGCUUUUUUGUGACGUUCUCCAUGGAAGUAAAUGAUGGAUGGUUGGUGACAAACCUACCAGUUCAUUUGAUCAAUACAACUGAAUUGAAGCACGGAAUUAAUUAUCAGUGGCAGCCUCUUCAGACAUAUGUUACUAUCUCAGAGCACUUUAUGGUCAAAGCUCAUGGAAUCAGAUUUCAGGCCACAGUCAAUGACUGCAACAGUGUUAUGCAGCAACUGUUCUAUCAUGGAGGUGAGCAUGGAGCUGUUUUAACAAUGACAUUAAAUGACAUGGGAAACUACGGAUGUUAUCCAGAUUGUGCAGAUGGCAUGUCAAUGCCAUUAUACACAGAAGCUACUGUAAAUUUAAUGAGAAAACAACCAAUGAGUUCAUUUCUGGCUCACACCUUAGGAUCAAUCAUUGUCAUUGAAUUUGUUAUCAUUUUCUCUCUUGGAGCCUUGCUUCUUUACUUCACCUGUAAAUGUGCUAUUCUUCUUGCACAUGAAAGAAGAAACAGAGAAGAAAGUUCUUCAGAGUUAUCUAAUUCCAAGAGUUUCCCCAGAGAAACUGUGCCAAGUUGAAGAAUCUAUCAGCUAACCAAUGUUAUUCAUGAUCUGCU